GACUUUUCUCCCAUGGACGCUGUUCCAGCUCCGUGCGGCAGAGGCUGCGCAGACACACCCUCAGCUGCAUGCCGGCGGGCGGAUUCACAAAGAUAUUUCAGUUCAACUACGGCGAUACGUCCUCGCUCGUUCAGGCUGGGCUGCGCCCUGGGGACACGGUGGUCAUGAUCGACGAGAAUCCAGUGGUCGGAAUGCCGUUCGGAAAGGUACUGGAGCGCCUUUGGGCCACAGGCGGUAAGCAGCCCGGGAGCGGCACCUUCUACGUCGUGUCCACGGAGGGGCCCUACGGCAUCGGCAUCCGCGAGACUGCCGACAUCAAGGGUGCCCGCACCGGCGAGGACAUCAUCAGGGGGGAGGUCUUCGAGGUCGACGAAAUCAUCUACCCUGGCGAGUACGACCACCCUGGGCCUGAGGGAUCGAAGAUCGAGUACCUCCACCUUGCCGACGGGCGCGGCUGGGUCUUCGACACGAAGGAUCCGGAGAAUCGGUCGGUGACGGCCCUCGUGGACGUCGAGCCGGGCUGCACGCUGACGAUGUGGCGAGGUUCAGACAACGACCUGUUGAGAACGCUCGGCCUGAAGUUCAAGCAGGACAACGACGGGAACGAUUUCAAGAUCACCGUCCUGGAAGAAGGGCAGCCUGCACAGAUCAUCAGCGCCAAACCAGGUUCGAACCUUCGUAAGAAUUUGGUCGACAACAAUUUCCAGAUCUACGCGAAUUACCGGGCAGCGUUCAAUUGCAAUGCACAAUCGUUGUGCGGAACGUGCAUUGUGGACGUGAUGGACGGAGAAGAAAAUAUGACGGUGAAGUCGGUCAACGAGAAAAAGUCGAUGGCGAACAAUCCUAGGGGCUUCCGACUGUGUUGCAACAUCGAUGUCUAUGGUGAUUGCACAGUUCGACUGCGACCCAAAGGCAUAGUUUAUGGCGGUGGCACUUCUUAGAUAGUGUCUUUUAAAUACAUGUCUCUUGUGGCGCGCAUGUGGCGCGCAUGAACGAGGAGUUUUCAGAAAUA